AAAUAAUGACAUGGACGUGCUGCAAUUCGAUUUAGGAUUCCAAUAAACCUCUUGAUGUUUGAAUUAAAGGAACUUUCAAGUUAGUGCAUCUGGUGGUGAAGAAUGAUUCAGAGAACGCUGCUGCUCGCUUUUCUUAACCUUGGGCUUUCUGGAACACAAUCAGGAUCAGUGAAGACUACAGUAAAAAACAACUCAGGGGUGAUGCCAGUGGGUCUGUGUGGUUCCUGGGUUAAAGACCCUGAUGGAGGUUCCUUCACUUCUCCUAAUUAUCCUGAGAAAUAUCCUCCUGAUAGAGAAUGCACAUAUAUAAUAGAAGCAUCUCCGAGACAGUGCAUCGACGUGUAUUUUGAUGAACAGUAUGCCAUAGAGCCAUCUUGGGAGUGCAAGUUUGACUACAUCGAAGUUCGAGAUGGCCCAUUCAGCACUUCGCCCAUUAUCGGUCGUUACUGUGGGCAGCAGAGCCCGAUGUAUGUUAGGUCCAGCGGGAGAUACCUUUGGAUUAAGUUUGUUGCAGACAGUGAACUUGAGGCAACUGGGUUUUCUGCAAGAUACAAUUUCACUCAAGAUCCUGAGUUUAAAGAUGUUGAAACUCCUCUAACACUGCCAGCGUGUGAGUUUGAGAUGAGUGGGCCUGAGGGCAUCAUAGAGUCUGCUAUGGUGGAGAAGGAGGGCGAAGCUCUGAAAACGGAGGCUGUGGACUGCAAAUGGUUCGUUCAAGGACCACCUGGCUCAAAGAUCUAUCUGCGCUUUCUGGAGUACGAGAUGCAGAACUCAAACGAGUGCAAGCGCAACUUCGUGGCGGUGUAUGACGGCAGCAGCUCAGUCGAACACCUGAAGAAUAAGUUUUGCAGCACGGUGGCCAACGAUGUCAUGCUGCUCACGUCCGUAGGCGUCAUCCGCAUGUGGGCUGACGAGGGUAGCCGCAAAAGUCGCUUCCGUAUCCUUUUCACCACCUUCCGAGAGCCUCCAUGUGAGGAAGAUACAUUUUUCUGCCACAGCAACAUGUGCAUUAACCACACACUAGUUUGCAAUGGCAUCCAGAACUGUGUCUAUCCCUGGGAUGAGAAUGGCUGCAAAGAGAAAAGGAAAGCCACCAUCUUGGACAACAUGGACCACACUAACAUGACCAUAAUCGGGGUGACCUGUGGUGUGGUUCUUGUUCUGUUCACGGCAUCAGUCAUCAUCCAGAUCAAGCAACCGCGCAGGAAGUACCUGGUGAGACCGGACGAAUUUGACCCUGCGCUGCUGCCUGAGCCUCUUGAGCCACCACAUUAUGAGCUGUGCGCAUUGAGGAGCAUGGCGUCUGCUGAGGAGUUCCCUGGGCUUCGUCGCUCCUCCUCAAAGUGUGUUCAUGCGCAUCAUUGUGGCUCUCAGGCAUCCAAUGGCAGCCGCACUGACCUGAACCUGAGUGUCCUCGCUGAGACGACCAGCAACCCAUCCAGGAGCAUCGUGGUGAUGAAGCACAGCCACUCGCUCGAGGACUCUGAGCUAUGUGAGCUAGAUGAUGAGCUGGAGGAGAGAACAUGGAGGAGCAGGAAUGGAGGAGUGUCAAUGGACACGAGUGUUCAGUCCAUGUGCAAUGAUUUCUUAUUGAGAUGA